UAUGAGUUGUGUACGCCAGUUAACAGCCGCAUGAGAGGCUGAUAAGAACAUUAAAAGAAUCACAACAACCACAACGACAAGGACAUUUUUAAACAAAUUAUUUGACAAAGCAAUUCCGAAACAUGUAACGGAACUGAGUAUCCCUUUAUCGGAGAGCCAUCCCCUCUCUCACCACUAUUGGCAGGCACUGAAAGUCCCGCCCUCUCCCUCGCCAUUCACCAUCCGGUUUCCGGUUUGAGAUGAGAACGCCUACUGGGUAGGAGUGGGAGGGGCCUAUCUACCAACCAGGAAGCGUCUGCACACGCUUUAUAUCAUACAGUCACAACCUGACCAGGUGACGCUUUAUAUCUUUAUAAUCAAAACCAGAAAGGCUGGGUUAUGGAGUCCGCUGGGACAGAGGGGAACAGCCUAUCACGGACUGAUUUCAUCUAUUGCUGCGGUGCCGUCACAGAGGUCCUCCGAUUUGGCCCGGCUCACCUGAACCAUGAACACAAGGUUCUGUUUCUGGUCAUCCCUGGUAACCCUGGCAUCGUGGGUUUCUACAAGACCUUUAUGCAGGCUCUUCAUGCUUCUUUUGGCUUUCGACAUCCAGUGUGGGCUGUGAGCCAUGCCGGCCACUGCGACCCGCCAGUCUCCAUGGACAUGGUUGAGGAUGCCUCUUUCAUCGAAGAGGGCGACAUAUUCGGGAUCAAUGGGCAGAUUGAGCACAAACUGGCCUUCCUAAGAAAGCAUGUUCCCAAGGAAACCCGCCUGGUUCUGCUGGGUCACUCCAUCGGCUGCUACAUCAUUCUGGAUAUGAUGAAGAGAAAUCCUGAGCUCCAGGUGUGUACAGUUAUAAAAGCUGAUGAGACACGGCAAGUCCCUCAAAAUGCAAUGCAAUGCAAGGUCCUUAAGGCUGUCAUGCUGUUCCCCACCAUCGAGCGCAUGGCCCAGACCCCCCAGGGCCGCAUCCUGACCCCCGCCCUGUGCCACAUGCGCUACCUGGCCUACCUGCCACUCUUCCUGCUCUCGCUGCUGCCUGAAAGGCUGAAGACCGCCCUGGUGAAGCUGGCCUUUAGCCGCAUCCAAUCCCUGGACAGCACGGUGGUGGCUCCCACCGUCGACCUGCUCAGCGGGGACUGCGCAGCCAAUGCUAUGUACAUGGGCGGUCAGGAGAUGAAAGGUGUUUUGGAAAGAGAUAACCUGACAAUUAAAAAUAAUUUGAAAAAGCUUGUGUUUUACUACGGGGCGGCGGACCACUGGUGUCCUGUCCAGUAUUAUCACGACAUCAAGAAAGACUUUCCCAGUGGAGACAUAAGACUUUGCAGAAAUGGCUUCCGCCACGCCUUCGUACUGGACACGGGAAAGGACGUUGCAGGGAUGGUUAUCGAAUGGCUGUCCAAUGAUUUGAGGUCAUGAGUUGGUCCUUGAUACUAAUAUCAUAUAGGGAAUAUGUGAGUGAGGAACUCGAUGACUCCAUGUACCGGAUCCAAUAGGAAAAGCAAACUUUGGUCUGUGCGGGUAAAAUCUGAAGAAGAAGUCUGAUGACUGGAGACUGUUUUUUAAAUGCAGUGCUGUAUAAAUAAAUGUAUUAAGUUACGUUCUUAAAUCAAGAGUUGUACAGAGGGAGAGAGCAGAAGAAAGAACCAAAAAACAAGUGAAUCAGUGAGGGAAUAGCUGAUGGAUGGCAAUGCCAUUCCUAACAAAUGAUUCAUAAAUGAUAGCGCUUAAAUCAUACAGUCAGACUUAUUUACAGAUUAAGAUAAAAUUAAAUUGCAUUUUAUUAAUCCCGAAUGGGAAAUUUGGAUAAUUAUGAUGUGCAUUAUGAUGAUUAUGGUAAUGUGAUAAACCUUGAUAGACUGGACUGCCUAAAGAUUACUGCAACCAAAUUUAUCACACCAGUCAGCUCCAGCCUUAAAGGGGUAGUUCGGAAUUUUGGACGUAGGGCCUGAUUCCCAAGUUAGCCUUGGUGUUCUUUAUCAUUGGAGAUAGUUUUCAACACAUUUCAUUCAGUCCUUCUAGUUGCAGAGUUCACUCGUGCUAGGCUAGCGCACGGCAACGGGCAAUACUGGCCUGCUAAUAAAACAGCCUUACCCUCUCCACACUACACCCGAGGUAUGCAAUGCAAUGCAAGGUUGGUUUUGAAACAUGCGGCUGCUGCCACCUAGUGGACCAGCGGAUUAACAUGUUUUAGUUACAAUUUUAUAUAUAUAUAUAAAUUAUGAAAUGAAAGGGUGGGGUUUUGUUUUAUAUAAUUUGUUUAUAUUGUUAAGGAGUAGUAGUAUUGGUGCGUUCACAUCACUGAAAACAUUUUAGCGACAUCGGAAAGUUCUCGUGAACGACACCUUAUGACGCUCUUAUUAUUCUACCUCUGUUCGGCAACUUGGGCCAGAUUUUGAUAACAGAGUUGUCCAGUUGCUGACGUAUGGUUUACUUGUGACGCGCAUGCACAUGGCGGAACUUGAAAGUUUUAAUCAAUAUAAAAGAAUCAACCAUUAUAUCA